CACCACCCCUGGCGGCGGCGGUGGCUCCGGGCCCGGCGGGGGCGCGGCCCCAGGUGCACCACCCCUGGCGGCGGCGCUGGCUCCGGGCCGGGCGGGGGCGCGGCCCCAGGUGAUGGCGACGGGGCCCCGACAGCGCCAGGCACUGAUACCCCGGACAGCACCACCCCUGGCGGCGGCGGUGGCUCCGGGCCCGACGGGGGCGCGGCCCCAGGUGAUGGCGACGGGGCCCCGACAGCGCCAGGCACUGGUACCUCGGGCAGUACCACCCCUGGCGGCGGCGGUGGCUCCGGGUCCGGCGGGGGCGCGGCCCCAGGUGGUGGCGACGGGGUCCCGACAGCGCCAGGCAUUGAUACCCCAGGCAACACCGCCCCUGGCGGCGGCGGCGGCGAACGCUAG